GCAGCGCGGCGCGGUUGAGUCCACUUGCCGGACAGGCCAGGUGUCAGAGAGACCCAGCGGACGCGUAGCUCCUGCAGUCUCUCCCCGGCGCUCCAGGUUCAGCCCGGUAGCGGGUCUGCGCCCCAGUGCGCCCCCUGCGGCCUCCGCCACCUAGCCCGAGCUCCAGCGCGCUUCGCCGCCGCGCUUCGCCGGCGCUCGCCCUGGGGAGCAGGAUGGACGUGCGUCUCGCCGGCCGAGUCCCCGCGCUGCUGCUCUGUCUGGGUUUCUACCUUCUACAAGCCGUUCUCAGUACGACUGUGAUUCCGUCAUGUAUCCCAGGAGAAUCCAGUGACAACUGCACAGCCCUAGUUCAGAUGGAUGACAGUCCACGGGUGGCUCAAGUGUCAAUUACAAAGUGCGACCCCGACAUGGUUGGCUACUGUUUGCAUGGACAGUGCAUCUACCUUGUGGACAUGGAAGAAAAUUACUGCAGGUGUGAAGUGGGUUACACGGGUGUCCGAUGUGAACAUUUCAUAUUAACCGUCCACCAACCCUUGAGCAAAGAAUAUGUGGUUUUGACGGUGAUUCUUACUAUGUUGUUUCUUAUCAUAAUUGCCGGUUCCAUAUACUAUUUCUACAGAUGGUAUAGGAAUCAAAAAAGUAAAGAAUCAAAGAAGGAAUACGAGAGAGUGACCACACGGGAUCCAACGUUGCCACAAGUCUGAAUGGCACCCUCGAACUUGUGGUCCCAGAUGCACCAUGUGCCUGGUUAAUGUUCAUAUUCCUAUUUUAUUAAUAAUAUUUAUGUUGGGUCAUGCGUUAGGUCAACCACAGUAUAUUUUUCAUAUACUUGGAAAAUGUUUUUAUGUUUGUGUUUUAUUUUUGACAGACUAUUUUCUAAUGUAUAUGCACAGAAAGUAUUUAAUAUGAAAAGAAAAUUGAUAUUUUUGUAAGAAGUGAUUUCCUGAGCUAAAUGCAUUCUUGAAAAGCUUCAAAGCCCAUAUGCUUGCUGCACAGUGCUUAGGAGUGAGCAAUGCCCAGUUCCUUGCUCAGAAAGUAUCAACAAAGAACAUACUUCUCUAAGCUUGCGAAGCAAAUCAAGUUAAUCAUGGAUGUUGUUUUCAACUCAUCAAUGAUAAUUGGUUGGACUAUAUCAUGGUUUGAUGUAUUAGUUGACACCACUGUAUUAGAUCAGUAACACAGCUGGAAUUUGGAAUUUAGGAGAAACAAAUAUAGGUUAUGUGCUGAGCAUGGCACAUUUAAAACAAACUAAGCUUUCAUGUCCAUCUCAGUGAAAACUGUUUCUCUGCUGGGAGGGAAAUGGGAAGCUCCCCAUCCCUACCCAUGACUUCUAUAGAUACCACUCACCACCAACGGAUUCUCUUUAAGUGAAAUGAAUUGAGAAACGUAAUUUUAUGUAAUCUUUUAUGUAAAUCAUGCAUAUUUCAUAGUUUCACAAUGUUCCUUUUUUGUAUAAUACAACAUAUGAGGUCAUUGUUGCUCACCAGAUGAUAAGAAAAAAAUAAUCCACACUUGAAGCCCAAAUUUGUGCUUCUUUUGAGAGUAUUUAUUUUCUUAAGAACUUUGCUGAAUAAUUCUAAGAUUAAAUCGUUCUCCAAAAUUUUAUGGAUUAGCUAUUAUGUUAAAACAUAAUAUCAAAAUUGUUGUAUACAUUGUCUAAGUAUGGAAAUAGAGUGAUUUCAUUUCUAUUCAAGAGAAUUUUAACUUACAAACAGCUCAGUAAGGGCCAGCAGGUGGUCUGGUGGUUAAGGUGCUGGAUUUCACAUGGCCAGCUUGGUGGUUCAAGUCCUGAA